CCCCCACCCCUCUCCCAGAGGAGCAGAAGCUCUGAGCUGCUGCGACUAGACGCAGAACAGGGAUCCUGGAAGCGAACUAGCAACAGGUGAUCCGGGAGAGGCCGUAAGCGGAGCCCGUCCCCUGUGAGUUCCCGAAGGCACUCGCCCUCCGCCGGGGAGCCUGCAGGAUGGCAGCCAACGGCACAGUGGGGCCCGAGUCGCAGGAGAUGCAGCGCCGCGUGGAUCAGAUCACAGAUGAGUCGCUGGAGAGCACCCGUCGGAUGCUGCAUAUGGUGGAAGAGAGCAAAGACGCUGGGAUCCAGAUCUUGGUGAUGCUGGAUGAACAGGGAGAACAGCUGGACCGGAUUGACGAGGGGCUGGACCAGAUCAACCAGGACAUGAAGGAGGCGGAGAAGAACCUGACAGACAUGGCCAAGUGCUGCGGCAUCUGCGUCUGCCCCUGUGCCAAGCUGAAGAACAUCAAGGCCAGUGAGGCGUACAAGGCGGUCUGGGGCAACACCCAGGACGGGGUGGUCUCCACGCAGCCCUCGCGGGUGGCAGACGAAAGGGAACAGAUGGUCAUGAGCGGCGACUACAUCCACAGAAUAACGAAUGACGCGCGGGAGGACGAGAUGGAGGAGAACCUGGUGCAGGUGGGAAGCAUCCUGGGCAACUUGAAGAGCAUGGCGCUGGACGUGGGCAACGAGAUCGACAUCCAGAACAAGCAGGUGGAAAAGAUCAUGGAGAAGGUCACCGUGAACGAAGAUCGCAUCCAAGAAGCCAACACCCGGGCCAAGAAGAUUCUAAAAAAUGCCUGAGACGCCGCGCCACGUGCUGUCCCGCUUCGCUGCCCCCCUACCCCGGCUCCCGGUCGCAGCUGUCCGUCCGUCUGUCCGUCCCUGCUGUCCAACCUGCCCUGGAGUCUCUGGCGCCGUGCGUUAGGUGGAGCCGCGGAUGUUCGGGGGCGGGCGUAGGGUGUGUGCACUGCCAUUGCACUUAGCGGAUAACAGCCUUACUAUUGCAGCCAGCUAGGGGAGCUCCUCCUGUAGCUCCAGUGGGAGAGGGCUGUCCCUGGGUGCUGAAGGUAGUAGGCUUAGUGGCAGGUGGGGGGACGGAGUAUGCUACAGACACGGUGGCUCCCUGUGUUGUGGGGGGAAGGGAUCUUUAUAUCCUCUUGGGGGUACACAUGUGACCCCCCCCACCCACUGUAGGAAAGGCAGACCCCUGUGCAUCAUGCCCCAGUGCAGUGACUCAGAAGGAGGAAGCGGCCCUGAACUUUCUCCCAGUCGGGGGGAAUUUUUGGAGCGCGGCGUGUGGAUAUUUGGCUCUAUUUUCAAACGGCCACAGCCCUGCCUCCCAUGGGACCCUAAUCUCCCCCACCCCUCCUCUUGUGAUUGGGUCCUCAUGCCCCGCACCCGCUCCUGCCACCCAUGCCCCUACCCUGGAGGCUCCUCCCCCUGGCUGAGAUGGGUUUUCCCAGGGGCAGGUAAUGAGUGCUGGGGGAGGGCCAGUCAGCUGUGGGAUUGGGCAGGACUCUGCCGUCUGGAGAGAAAUGGGGGUAGGGGAGGGGGUGAGAGGGAGACAGGGAUUUUCUUGUGUGUUAUCCCAGCCAACUUUGGGUUCUGAGCAGCCUAUGAUUUUAUGAAGCAUGUUAACCUGUGGAACUCCAUGCCACAAGAUAUUAAUAAUCCCUAGAUCUCAAAGCACUUUACAAAGGGGCGUG